CUUCGGACCAACUCCACAUCAUCGUUUCUGAUCACUCUUAAAGGAGCACUGUAAGUAUUCUUUAACCUUCUUUCGCACGCCCUCAUGUCAAGGAAACGAUAACAUUUAAUCGCUAUUCUUGGAGUAUUAAUAUACAUUUACAGGUUUUCAUUAGAGUGAAAUCGUUAUUCUGUGGUUGCGCGACUUGCUCACCGUACAAGUCAUUUUCCUCUUCGAAAUUGGACUAGUUUCUGAGAACACUACCUUGUCUAAAGAAAGCCAAAACUCCCAGUAUUUCCUGACUCUUAAAGAUAUCAGACUCUGAAAUAUCAGUUCCAGCUAUUUUGUUUUAAACCAUUUAGACAAAAGCGUUUAAAACGAUCAAGUAAAAGAUUUAUAUCACAUGGAAACUCGUAUAUAAACUGACUCGGACAAGACCUUUGAUUUCAUCACCUUCAGGAAGAAUCGUGAGUACUUUUGCUUUCAUUACAGAAUGCGCAUCAGUCAUAUUAUUGUCAGUAUCUGCGAACAUAAGUUGAAAAUAGCUCAUUUUUUUAUCAGACAAUGUUCAUCCGGUGACCUGUUUCUAUUUUUUUUUCCUGUUCAUUGAGACUAUUGGGUUGGAUAUUUUCUGUGCCAGUCGUUAACGGCCGCGAUAAAAAGAUCCGUUGAUAGUCCUAUCCUGCUAUCUUUGCUCUCUGUUUUCUAUUUUAAUCGUAGGCAGUAACCGUGAAAAGUUCAUUAAUCUUAACUAAAACUUUUGUCGCAAGGAAACAUCCAGCUUGACUUGCCUAGGUCAUUCAGCAAAUUUGUAUUAUCUCGCGUCUUAUAGAGCUAAUCCGCUGUAAUACCAUUUCCCUAUGAUACCCUAUGAAAAAAAACCGCCAAACAAUAACUUAUAUUGGGAUAAAAAAAAAUAAAUUUAAAACUUACGAUUCCCAUUGCGCUAAGGGGGGGCUCAAAUCGUCGGAAUUAUUAAAAGUGAAACUUCAAUAGAGCUGUAUUGUACUUAAAACUUAUUUCUCAAACUGCGUGUGUUAUCUACAAGUACAGACUGUAAGUCAGCCAAUCAGGUUAACGAUACAGAGAGUUUCAGUUUUCUUGUAGAUUUUCCGUGUAAAUCUGCAUGCAUCUGCAAAUUUAUGAAAUAUCUAGUUUUCUCGAGUUUUGAAGGAGAAAAGUGCUUAAAAACAACGUCAGUUGUGACGAACAUCUAAAACGAGCUUCGAUGCGGAACUUCUUCCGGUCGUUGUGAUUAGUUAAAUUCAAGUACUAAUGCUCCAAAUAUACUAUUAGAUAUACAUGAUAUUGAACUCGCCAUGACCAGGCAAUUUUAUGGCCAUAUUUUGUAAUAUCUAUAAAAAAAUCUCAUUUUCCAAUCAAUGAAUUAAAAGAAUUGUUUUCCGAAUUCCUCAAAGCUAAAAAAUAUUUCUUGGCAAUUUCGCUUUUUUUUUUAGCUUGCAAAGUGACUAGCUAUUAACUAGUGCUUUUGAAAAAGCGACUGAUUAAUUGGUAAACUAAGACAAUUACAACUUCUUAACCAAUGAAAAAAGUGCUGAUGUUGCCCGUUUUGCGUCAUUUUCUGGACGCACAAAAUUACUCAAUCGUAAAAAAAAAUACAAUCUAUAUUGAUAUAUUAGUGAGGAAAAAUAUUUAAAGGUGAUGAUAAAACAAGACGUAGCAAUAACGGCCAAAGACGAAGACGACUAAAGACAGUGGCAAACUGGAAAAGUUUAAGGUAAAUUUUCCAAAAUGUAGAAGUCGCAGCGUGGCUGUAAAAAAGAUUUACCCCUGUCGCGAUCAAUUUACAAUAUCAAGCGAGCUUUAAGGACAAAUUCUCUGAGUUUUUAUUCCGAUCUCAGCCGACUUCCCUAUUGUAGUUUAACCAAGAUAUUUGCCCCUGGGAUUAGAAAAAGGUAAAUAAGUCCAAGAAACUUAACGACUAACAUUCAUGGAAACCAGGUUCUUAACGCACGUGCGCUGAUCAGUCACGGUCUCAUAAGAGGCUUUUUGCCGCAGGUUUCACAAACUUCGUUGAUAAUUUAAAUUGGCCACCGUAAGAGUUUCGAGCAUUGGCCGUUCGUCAGGGUGAAUUAAGACAUAAAUUAUUCCUGAUAUAUAGGACUAUGUUUUUGUAUAAGAGUAUUUUUUGUGUGCAUCUCAUUCUUACGCGAAAAAAAAAAUGUUGAAGUCGCCAGUAAUGAUGUUUCUGAAGAAUCCAGAAAGAAGAAUAUUGACACUGCGUACCAAGUUUUGCUAGAUUUCAAAUUUAACGUUUAAAAGGCUACCCAUUUUGGAUUCCGGAGUCUUCGCUUGAACGAGUGUGACGGAAUCUUUAUCUGUCGUCUUCGCUUUCUUUUUAACUCUAUGAGGCCCACUGAAAAAAUUGAUUAAAGCUGCGUUAGGGCUAUGAACCGCUCUCGCGAGACAAAGCGGAACGGCGGUCAGUUAUUUCAUGAAAAUGAAAAAAAAAAACAAAAAAAAACAAUCAAAGACCGCCCAUGGUUUUGUUGAGUAAAUUAGCCCAUUUUUCUCUAUUACGAACCUUUUUAGCUAAUGAGCUUAUGGGAUGACUUAUGGAAUUGCCUUUGAAAGAAUUUCGUUUGAAAGGUGCGACUAUUUUAGCCAAAAGCUCCGGGACGUGACAGCCUUACUUGCGACUCUAGCGAAAGAUUUCACGUCAUGGCCAACUGCUGAGGAAUUAAUAUUUCUCGCGAGCACCUUUGAUUAGGGAUAAAUAAUGAGAACAAGACAUUUUCGCUCAGGCUGAGUAUAUUGUUAGCAGGGCAACAGAAAAAUCACCUAAGAGGAAGAUUUGAGUAUAUUUCUUUUGCUUUUUGUCUUGUCUCGCUACGGUGUUAAAUUUUGGAAUGAAAAGUUAUUUUUUUCCGACCUGCACUGCCUCGGAAUAUAAAUGCUUAUUGUACCGUGAAAAAAUUUAAGCAUAUCAUAUUGUCAGUCACCACGUGUCGUGUAGGUCGAUGUUACUGGAUUUUUCUUUUCCUGCACAGACUUUACAGCUCCCUAGGCGUUUCAGUUUCCCUUUAUCUUAUUAUCUUUCCGAAACCCUCGGCUAAGUGAAACAUAUUAGCUAAUCGGUUUAUGAAUUACCGAAAAAUAAGUCCCUUAACAGUUUUAGACGCUAUCAGAGACCGGUUGGCAAACUUUCAAGCAGAAUUUGUCUAACGACCACUGCGCCUAGGAGUUUGGUAGGCAAGCUUCCAUAUCCAGGCGAUACAACCGAUUGGCGUUAACCCACUUACGAUGUCGUUAGAAGAAAAAAUAACUCUAGGAAAGAAAAUCACACUUUCUUUACAAUUAAGCGCAGUUAUGGAGGAGAAAGCCCCCUGCCAAUCUCUUUCCUUUCUUCAAUCCCCCUCCCCCCAACUUCUCUACCCGACUUCGUAAAUCGUUAUCGGGGAUUUCAUUAUCCGUUCAAUUUUGGCCAAGAGGAGCAGAAUAACUCCCAAGUUAACCGACGAUAAUUUUGCUUAAGCAACUGAAUUUGGAGAUCUAUCUGACGUCAUAAAGGCUGAUAGUAUUUUCAUCGUCACGUCCGAAAAUAACCGAUCUAAGAAAUCUCUCUACAUACUUGUUUAACUGAGCGGUUUUCCGCACUUAAGAUAACUCCGAUACAGUAUGAAAAGUCUAAUAAAAUCGUUGUGCAUUAAUUACCAAGUAAAACAACGUCAGGAAGUGGAGUUGAUUAAUCAAAAUUAAUGAUUUUAAAAAUGGACGUCACGGGUUCAUUUUAGACGCAAAACGUGCGUGAAUUUGAAGUAUUACCUGCGCGCAAAUAUUCCAUGGUUGAUAAAAGAGUGCCCCGCUCUAUAAUCGUCAUCUGUUAAAUAAAUAUCGCUACUUUAGAGUCCAUUGUUUACACUUUCGGCAACUUAAGAAUGUAAUAUUAUUAACAGCCAGGAGUAUCACAAGUUCAAUUAGCUAGAUCAUUUUUCUCGCGGGCGCUUUCAGCUCCCCUUAAGUGAAAGUUGCAAAAAUGCCGCUAUUUCGCCGAACAAUAACAAUGUCACAGCAUCACGCCUUCCUAAAGAAAACUUUGCGGGAGAAGUGCUAACGAUUAUUUUCCCAACAUAAGCACUCCAGACUGAAAAUAGUUCUUUGAUGACCUUUUAGAGUGAAUUUUUUAUCUUCCUUUGCGGAAAAUUCUUCGCUAAAUUACCGAUUUCUCACACGCUUCACGCGCACCGCUAACUGUGUACCCUUUCAACACCAUUUAUUGCAAAUUUUUUUUCACAGUGGGCGUGAUGUGGCCAAAGGCUGAAUUUCCGGGGCAGAGUUAGCAUCUAUUGCUGACUGAGCAAGCGGGAAACUUUUCAAUUCUCUUCCUCUUGAAGCAAGCGCAAUCACGACCAGAGGAAGACAAAUCAUCGUAAAAUCUGUUGUCGGCUUUCUUUCUCUUGUUAUGAAGAAUAUGCGUAUAGCUUAAUUCUACAGUAACCUCAUUAUUUGAGGCUAGUUUGUCGAGAUCUCUGAAAAGUGAAAAACGAUUAACAGUUGCACCGACCCAAGAUGACCGCGUAUUGCCAAAAUAAUUAACACUGCGAUAGAAGUAGCCGCGAACCAAUCAAAAAUUGUGUUAUUUAAUUUUGGAAAAGGGAAGAUUUUUAAGUGCAGCGGGCGCGCUGGUAUACACUCAGUUAAGACCAGUCAUCAGUCGGCAAAGUGUCCGGCGACCUCAGGGACAUAGGAGAAAAAGGCGCUUUCGUCAAGGGCACAGUAGGAACUCGGAAUUGUUUAUUGUUAUUACUGAGUAUAAAGAAAAACUGACAGAUUGACCGCUUUUAUCAAAACAGCGUUAUCUUUGGAACUGAGCGGAACCUUCUAAAAAAGCCCGUUGGAAUGGCAUCUCUGUUGGUAAAAAUCUUGUGUGUGGUUUGCAUGUAUGGCUUCGGGCCACUCAACAGCAAUUUUGUGCAUGGAGCAACGGACUCGUCCUUAGCUUGGGACAUUCGAAUCCGUGAGACGCUGAACAAGCUUCAAACCAGACCAUGUUGGGGCCGUUCGAGAGGAUCUCAGUGCGAUGACUCCAUGAUUGUCGGUAUGGAUACGCGCAAAAUGAGACUGUUUAUUGCACAAGGCCAGAAAAAGUCCAGCCUAAGAGUUGUACUACCAGACAGAAGACAGCGGCGUCUGACUUCACGUUCCCACCGGAAUGACUCCUACGACGCGGUCUUUGUGCUUGAUCCGUAUCCCGACACAAACUUCGGCCAUGUUGUGUUCAUUUUUCUGGUGGACUUUGAUGUGAAUCAGACUGUUUGUCGCAACAUGAAUGGUGUUCCUGUUAAUACUGGUGAGUCAGAGGGUGUUUAUGCGUGACUUGGCGCGUGUAUCACCAUAGGUUAGCGCUAUGAGCAAAUUGACGUUUACUGUUUACGUAUCGUGUCAGUCGCGGGCCUUGGUGAAAAGAUUUAAAUAAAGAAUCUUAAGAUUGUUGUUGCGUUAUAACUACCGCCUAUGAAACAAGAGCACUUCUUGUGACUAACGGAUGUUAUAUUGUAACGCCGCAUAAGUUUGUUUUGUAUGGAAAAUUUAUCAUAUCAGUCAAAACAAGGCCAUUUUAAAGUGGGGCGUUAUGAUGGUCCAAUAUUUCGUUCUUAUAAUGGCUCUAUUCCUAGUCAUGUUAUUUUUUUCUUGUCAUAAAUGGUAUAAAUUUUCAAUUCUGAGUUUUCCAUUUUUAGGACGGGAAGAAUGCAUCAGGAGAGCAGAAAAGGUACACUGCAAAAACCGUAUUGCCCACAGACAAGUUAAGUGUGAAAUCAAUUUUAUACCGCUGGUAUAUUCUGUGAACGACGGAAAACGUAAACAGCUUCUCCAUUGCCAUGGAAGUCUAAGUACGCGCCAAUUUGCACGCUGUGGAAAACGUGAUGAUCAGAACGAACUUUCACCGCCUUGCAGUGGCAAUUCUGCGCAUAGAUGUUCGAUUGGAAACCGUCCCAAAUCUCAGGAUUUUUGCUUUCAUACCACUUGUGACCAUGCCGUGUUGGUGUCCGGUGGCUGGAAUCCGGACACGAACCACCCACGAUAUCGCCAAAAUCUUCAUCAAAUGUGGAAACUGCUACGCUCCGAAAUGCAUUACAAGCCGGAAAAAAUAGUCACUUUCUUUGGCCAGGGUCAGAAAAGUGAACGUGAGUAUAGGAGAUUUGUUUGUACUUCGUUAAGAAAGUUUAUUGUGCGCCAACAGAUUAUAACGGCGGCAUUGCUCUUCGAUCGCAAUUGGAAAGGCACUAAUUCAUUUGGCAGUCGGCAAAGUGAUUUAUUAAAGCUAUUCAGUGAAUGUAGCUUGAAUCGCUUUAUUAUUGAAGAUCAUUCUUUAAGGAUAUUCUUAAUGAGAUUUACGAUUUCUGCAAGUAAAUUUCUAGUCUUUACGAGUUGGUGGAAUUACGUGCGAUCUAUAUGUUAUCCAACCUUGUAAUCUUUGUGGGAAGGCUAUUUGAUCAGCUAGCCAAAGAUUCGUUAAUGGAGUUUCCAUCUUUGCUUGCGGAGAAAAACUCUCUAUCUGACCGUCUAAGUGCAGGGGAUUUAUUUUGCCAACUGUGUUUUCAGCCCAGCGGGAUGCUGUUGUAAGCGGUUCGGUUUAAACCCUUAAUGUGAUAAAUUGUAAAUAGCCGAUGUCGCGGAGUAAUUAAUUUUGAAACCGAUACCUUUCACGAAACAAUAUUCAUAACUCAACGAGCGGUUUCUUCACUGCAGCCAGACUGACAAAAACAAUUUCGUUUAUUAGAAUAAGAAAAUGCUUCAUUUAAGACGCUUUUAAUUGAUUAAAAACUUACCUGAGAGGCAUUGCCUCUUUUUUCAUCUUCACCGCGGUUCUCACCACUGAGUUUUACAAAUAAAUUGUAGUCUCUCUGUGAGUUUGUAGAAUCUUUCUGUCGAACCGGCGAAAAAUUGCGAAACUAAAUAACUUCACACAUCUCUACAAUCAAUUCAUUAAGCCUUAAACUGUUCGCUUUGUGUGAAUUGAUCAAUCUUUCUUAAGAAUCAGUUUUCCAACUCCAGACAUCGAUUAUACUGAGAAAGAACAGCGGCAACGAAGCUGUAGAACUGACACUGUCACUACUGAGAAAUCAAUAACUCUUCACUGAUCACAACUUCGAUGAUAGAGACAAAGACACUGAAAGUUUAAUUUUCGUCGUUGUAAACGAAGGUACAGAACAAAACACAAACCGAUGGGUGGCAUUUUUAAUAAAGCCUCGAUAACAAUGAAGUGGAAUUAUGUGCUCAUGAAAAAUACGAUGUUCUAAUGAAAAGUAGAAAUUAAAAUACCGUACCAGGCGCUUCACAGAGGUGAAAUCUUUUGAAGCAAAAGUAAAAUCAUGUUGCGCAUUCUAACAAUGAGAAUUUCCUUUGCACUUCGCCGACAUACAAUUGAAGCCGCGCUGAAAUGCAUCUGUUAAAGAGGUUUUCAAUUUGGAGUGAUACGUUUACGCUGAAACCCUAAAAGAUCUCUAAGCGCGUUUAGAACUUUCUAGGCUCUAAUUCCUCCGGUCGAACUACUAAAGCUGCAAAUAACGUCACGUGAACACACCGAAUAUGGAAAAUUUCAAGCGUUGCAUUCUUUCGUUUUGCGUGUAGAAUUUUUAGAAUUGUAAGUGUUUGCCUUGAGUCAACAGAACGCUUGUUAUAUUAUUUCAUCAUCGAUUGACCCCGAAAAUAAACACUUGACUCAAAACAACGCAAAAUUAAUCCUGUGCUCACGUCCAAUACGACUUUUUAAUUUCGGCGAGGUCUUGUCACAUACAAAAUGAAGAACGAUUCGCCGAGGUGAUUACGUGUUAAUUAGAAUUUCACGUAGUCGAAAUCUAUGGCUACCUCACGUAUUUAGCGGAAGCUCUUCGUCAUCGCAGUUGAUUAGAAUUCUGACCCAUUCAAAAACAUGGGUCGAAAAAUUCGCACUGACAAUUAAUUAGGAAGUAAAUUGAGGAAUCGAAAGGAUCACCCUUAAAAGCCAGAGGCGAGCUUCCACAAAGGUUUUACAUCUCUGAUGCUUCAACACUGCUAAAAGUGACUAGCACGUGAUUUUCCUUACGAUUUUAAUGCAUUAUCCAGCAAAUAGGCAAUAAAAAUAGAUAUAAUUAUUACCUCAAGAGCAGUCUCUAGAAAUGUAAAACAGAUGGACAUUUGACAAUUGAAACUCAGAUCUUGAGACUAACAGCGUUGAAAGGAGUUGCAUCAUAGCUUUUGCAUCUAAAAAAAAUUGCAUCUAGAUGAUUUAAGUUUCCCCUUUACCGUCAGCCGCUGAUGGUAAAUAGGAAACUUUAAGCGGCUUUAAUAUUUUUUUCAUCCCAAGACAUCUUUGUUCCGUUUUCACUCUUGUCUCUUAACUGUUUGUCCCUUUUAAAGUGCUAUUUCAACUGUAGACGUUUUAAUUAAGUUUCUGCCCUACGAUUUUGAAACGGAGGAAUUUUAAGCAAGAUAAUGUGACAGAAAUUCACAGCAUGCAGGCUGUGAAUAUGGCCGACUAAAUCUAUCAUGUUCACUCGACUUAAUAAGCUGCAUAAUUCUUUUGAGUGAUUUUGCAUUUUUUUACUAUUUUACACAAAUUGCUUAAUCAUAGGAUUACUAUAUUUAUAAUAGUUUUAAGUCUCGUUUUAUGCUCAACUCGCUAUUGGAGCUUAGUGAAAUAUGUGGCCAGCUCUGAAAAUUCAACUUGGGUUUUUUUCUCAGCAUAAAUACGAUGUAUUUCGUCAUGUCAAAGCCGUCGAAUUGCACCAUCACUCAAAACGACCCUUAACAAUCUGUUCGUCGCAGUAGCUCGUAACUGAAGUUUCAAGACACGACUUAAAAAAUCUUGUCGUUACACGGGAAGCUGAAAUUACUAGCAUUCUAUUCUUCUAAGUAACUCACUGAUUCUCUAGCAAACGAAAAACUCUUAACGUUUCUUCGAAGUUUCUUAAUUAACGUUUUCUAUUUUCAGUUAACGAUAGACAAAGAGACAACUCUUUCUUCGCAAGAAAUCCAACAGGGGUCAAAGAGUACAUCAAGAAGCUUUGUGGAUCUCGUAAUUGUGCAGAUUCCAUCACACUCUAUCUCACUGGGCCGUCGACUAGCGAUGGCGCUCUUCUGUUCCAAGACAACGGGGACGGCAUCACCGAUGAUUCUGAGCUAUACACGCCAAAACAACUUCUAGAAGACGUAAAAAACUGCACUGCAACAAGACUCUUUAUCGUGGCUGAUUACAGCUAUUCUGGUGCCAUGAUUAACAGAAUUACCAGCAGAAUGCGCCGACAUCCUGAUCAAUUUAAGAAUUUGGUGGCUACUUCUUCUGGCUCUUGGGAUGAAUACUCGUGGAAGAGUGAGUUUACUGAUGCGUUUGUGAGACACAAUAAAGAAGGAAGGAGAACGAAAUGCGUGGCAGAUGUUUUCGAGGUAAGUGCUGCCUUUUCAUUUACAUUUAUGUAUUUCACAAGCAAGCUUUUGAUCGAUUGGGGCGGGCGUGUGCUUCUUGAACACGCCGCGUGCGCGCGAGGAUGACACGCUCAGAACUUGUCCUCUGCAAUGUCAUGAUUUACCGUUUAAAACCACUGGACUGGAUCAAGAAAGGGAAUAUCAGUUAUUUUCGCAAAGUAAAAAAAUAUGGGUUGAUUUAUAGGUUUAUUAUCAUUAUCUCAAUCACUGGUUUGAGCACAAUAUCCUGUCUUUUCGCUAGGCAAUAUUUAUUUUUAAAGUUGGCUUUUAAAUGCAAAAAAAUUCUUCGCAUGCUUCAGUGAAACUCUCUGACGUUUUGAUAAAUUAUUUCCUUUCAAUGUUAUUCUUAGCUCGGAAAUUCUGCUCUGUAUAUUUGAAAGCAAUUUAUUUUAGGCAAGCCAUUUGCAAAAUUACUAAAUUAGAUUCUAUUCUACGUAUUCUGUGGAGCGUAUCGCCCGCUUUCUUCUUUCGGUUGAACUAAAAAAAAAAAGACUUGGACUCCUGAAAGUCUAGACUAAAUUUGGUACCUGUAUGACAAGUAGGGUAGUUACCUUUAACGACGUCUGGCUCGUCUGAUUGUUAACUUUUUUCGCAGACGGUCCAAGAUUGAUGACUCUUGUGUCUCUUUAAAUAAUCUCAGCUUCUUUACCACAAGUUCGCUUAUGCUGUUAGUUACACAUGUACAUAUAUGCUGAAGUAUUCUUUGGCUGAAUAAAUUUUGUUCCUUAAAAAAAAAAAAUAACAGCUGUCUCUUUGCCUUGGUAAACAGGAAAUCAAACAAGAAUUUCACACGAAAGGCGCGUUGUCCACUCCACUUAAGACGCCAAGAGAUGGGGGUAGAUCCAACACCACUUACACCACGCUAAGUGGAAGAAGAUGCAAUGAAACGCGGCUUACAGCGAAAUUUUCCAGACCUUGCCAACUGAUACCGAUCGAUAAAUUGCUACAAAAGCCAGCCCCGAAUGGUAAUAAUUGAACGUUUAUGGCUCUUAAAAUAGCUGUAAAUAUGAUAGACGAUGUAAAACCUCUCAUGAUAAAAUAAGAGAUGGCGUAGGUGGAUAAGAUAGAUUUUUGGGAUGCUUACAUAUUUAUUACCAAUCUUUAAACAAAAAAGGAUCGAUUUGAGAGUUUCCUUCUUACAAUUAAGUGUCAGGUGUACUUGCAUAAAAUGCUUCACUAGUUGGAAAAAAAAAACCCCAGAAAAACAGCAGUUAGAAUGUAUUUUCUUUCUGUCAAAAUAUUUCGCCCGGUCGAGCGAAUAUCGUUGAUUAAGCCCUAUAUAUUGAUCACGCAAAGUAGGUUUUGAUAAGUGUCUGGUAUAGUCACACUAAAAUGUUUUAAUGUACAAAGUAAAAAGAGUUUAAUUUUUUUUUAAAUCUUUAGCUAAGGUAAAGUAGAUCGACGAAAGCUAGUAGUAUAGGUAUGCAUUAAGAGGAGAGGUAAAACUAAGCUAUCCAGAUAGAAAAUUCAUCCCGAAACAAAGUAAUGCUGUGAAACCUUUUCUGCAGGACACAGUACAGGUAUAUGUCUUCUGUGUUGGAGUCAUCAUUAGUUCGCAAUUUUACGGUGUAAAAUGCCUAAGUAUGCGGUUUGUAGGCCCGCAAGGAAUGUAAUUUAUGUAUCUUAGAAUAGCGGUUAUUUGUUUUUAACUCAGUGACGAUUUAUAUUGAGCUGCUACGAUAAAAAGGACAAAUAUUGGUGAUUAGGUAUUGUCAGAAACAAGGAUAUUUUGCUCGUACUUCUGCCCUAAGGCGGAAAAAUGUUACUCAACCAUGAAAAACGUGCGCAAUUUGCGACGUUUUCUUCUAAGCUACACAAACAAUAUGAGUAGAUUCGGCAGGUAAGAUGAAGACAGACGCAUAUUUGGACUUGAAGAUACAGGGCGUCUUCCCUUGGGGAAAGGGCCUUGAAUAUUCUCGAUAUAGAACAGUACAACUAUUUUUCAUCUUGACGAAAACAACUUGACGGUGUUGGCGACUGCGUCAUAAGUUAAUAGUCUAAAUAUCUCUGUAAAUAACAGGAACUUUUACAUUGUUUGAGAGUGUUACUCUAGAGAGCCACUCGAAGCUUCUCAGACGCUGCUCUAAAAUGGCUCGGAGCAGCCAGUCUCCUUUCGUCAGUCAUGUGAAGAGUAAAAUGGCGAACUGCCAUAAAAACUAGAUACGAAUGAAACGUAUCGUAUAUAAACAUACCCAGUGUUACCCUAGUCUAGUUCAAUUAGCCGGACUUAUAUUAAACAGAAAUUCGUCUUUUCAAGAAAUUCAUUACAGUGCUAACCAAAUGCUUAGGUUAUAGCGAGAAGGGGUAAGGUUUUCUCUUUCUCAUAGAAAAGACAUUAGUCCUUAGCAAAGAAGCCCUACUUGAGAUGUCUAUAAAACGAUACUUAUGUUACGACAAACGGUCUGAGUUACCGGAAGGUUCUCUUAUCAUAAUCUUCAAGAGUUCGCUGAAGUAAUAUAACAUGUAAAACACAAGAAAACGGCUUCUGCGGAAUAGCAGUUAAUUUUAACGGAGCAGUUUACUCCUUCCUUAUCGCAUUUCGCUUUAGAUUAAAGUAGAAUUUAAAACUGUACUUUAAGCAGUGUAGAAUACUAGGAUACUAGAGAUUGUAAGCGAUGUAAACAAUGUAAAUAUAUGACUAAACAAAAAACGUUAGAGUUUAUUUAAGUUUCCUACUUCUUGAGUUCCCAAACUUCUCAUUUCUAACCAAUAUUCUUUAUAGGCCGGUUGUCCGUCUACUUUAGUCGCACCGUCUUUCGUGACCAUAUUGUUCUUUUUCUGAAGCUUUUUAAGUUGUACUUAAAGCUGGUGAUUGUAGAUGACUUUGCGUGAUGGGUUGCGAAGGAGGACCAGCCAGAAAUGAGUCUGAUACAAUAAACACUCCUAACUGUCCAAUAAUAUUUCCUUGUACAAUC